CUGAAGGUCUCCUAUUUUUGUUUUGAAAUUCCAACUUAAUCAUUGAUUGGCAUUAUUUUACUAUUUUUGAGAAAUGGAACAAAUUGAAGAAAAAGGAUCUCCUCCCAAAAAUGCAUGUCAUCCUGACCUGCCUUCACAGCACAACAGUUCCGAUGAGAACUCUCCCACCGACAAAUGUCCCAGCUACGAGGAUGGUAAAAGAAAACGAAAACGAAAACUCUUCAAAUGUAGACACUGCGACUAUUCCACUGCCAAAGAAGUGAGUGAUUCAAUUUACUUUCAGGAAGACUUUUACCGCCAUAAAGAAGACAAACAUUUGGACGGUGGGGCGGCCUAUCGAUGUGAGUUGUGCAGUUUUGUGACUCGAAUGAAACAUCAUUUGGACUACCACAAUUUGUCAAGACACAAUAGUGGAGAAAAACCCUUUUCUUGUGACAAAUGCGAGUACAAGUGCAUCAACAGGUCAAUGCUUAAUAGUCACAUGCGUUCUCAUUUGCCCCCAUGUUCGAGAUGUGGAGUCACUAAGUUGUUAUUUCUCUCGAUUGGGUAGAUGCAAAUGUUCAAAGAUAAGACCAAUGAAACAACCUUCGACGAAUAAUAAUGUUAGUCUGAGGUCUACAUU